UGAUACUAUAAGCAACAAAGUGCAGGAAGCUACUCUUUCCGCGUGGCAGGGCAGCAACUUUGCGCCGGAUCGACUGGAGGUGUUCUUGGCUCCGUUCGAGUGACCAAAGAAGUCGCCGCCACGGGGCAAAUGAAUUCACGGCUUCCGCGUAUGCGGAGUCGACCAUUGCUUGCACUUCUAGCGCUGGUUUCGGCCAGUGGACCCGACUGCAAGGCUAGGCCGAGCCCGUCAUGCCGCGGCCAACCACCUAUGCUUUUGCAGCUAAGACAAGGUCUCAAGGCCGAGGAAAGCUCUGCAGAGUGUCAGACUACGCUUCCCACUGAUCAAUGCUAUCAGGAGAUCAUGGUCGACAGCCAUCGAUUGGCCAAUCCAGGCGCGUACGCGGAGUUGCCGGAGAACGCCAGCCUGGAGGAACGUCAAAACUUUUACUACUCCAAGGGACCUGCACUGAACUCCACUUUUCAGCCCAUUGAUGGUGGCACAGAUUGUGCUUGCCGCGGCAAAACAGUGAACGACAACCACCCGCGCAACUAUGAAGUGAAGCCGCUUGGGUCGUUGGAGGACUGCGAACAAGAGUGCCGCAAAGUCUAUGGAUGCAAAGCGGUGGAAUAUUCGCGGGGUCGCUGUGAGCUUUGGUUCCAAAGGGUGAAUGCCACGAAGAG